GAAUGUGUUUGCAUGUAAUGUUUGUAUUUGCAUGCAGGGGGGUGUUUGGAUGUAGUGUUGUCUUUUAAAUACAUGUGUACAUUUGUGUGUAGUAUUAGUGUUUCAGCAAACUGGUGUGUUUGUAAUGUUUGUGUUUGCAGGGGUCUGUUUGCAUGUUGUGUGAUUUCUAUAACACAUAUACACAUACACAUUAACACGCAGAUACACAUAUGCUCACACUGACACAUGCUCACACCUUGACACAUACUGGCACAUACACAUACACUCAGAUACACACCCUUUGACACACAGAUACAAGCACUUUGAUAUACACACACUGGCACAUACACACACACACACUGACACAGGUAUAUACACACACACUCAGAUAUACACAUACAUAAAGGUAUAAAUGCAGGGGUGUAUAUGUGUACAGUGCUAGAGAUGGAAUGUAGGAGUGUAUUUGUGUUGGCAUUAAAAUGCUGGGAUGUAUGCAUUACCACACACUCAGAUGCACACUUACACACACACCAAAACAUACACACAGGUGCACAUACAGGUGUAUGAGGUAUACAUACACACAGAAACACUGACACACAGACAAACACAGCCAGAUACACACAAGGACAUAAACACAGCCAGAUACACACAAGGACAUAAACACAGCCAGAUACACACACACAUAUAUAUGUGUACAUUUACAUAUUUUAAUCUCUGCCUUCUAGCAGCUCUUGGACAGCAACUCCCAGCAACCUUGGCCAAUAUAAUGUCUCAACUCUGUUCUUACAUACCCUGGUCCAGAAUUUGGCAAAAGUGACAUUUGAAAAUGGUGUACAGCCUUUGAUAACACUUGAUACAAUAUGUUAAAAUAAAUACUUUUUAAAUUUAUAUUUAAUAGGGAAGUGUCAGGUUCUUCUAGGAUUUUAACAUGUACUUAUUCCCUGUGUGUUACAUUACAAACACCAACACACUUAAAUAAAAGUGAUAUCAGAAAUUAGCAAAACAAAACAUAUUUAGCCACCCUCCUGUCUCCUUACAUUUUGGGUACAGAAAGGUGGCUUCCCUGGUGUCCAGUGAGAGCUUGCUGGCCCAGGCUGAUGGGAGUCUGCCAUCAGCUUUCUCAGUCCCUCUCCCCCACAAUGCUUGCAUCCUCCGUGUGGUGUGUGCCUCCUCCCCAGCGGCACUGAGGAGGAAGUGAUCAGUUCUUACUGGGAGGAAGCAAUCUGACCUCACUGCCUCCCAGCAUGCCCAGGAAACAAAGAGACUCACAGGGCAGUAUGUAGUCAGCCACCCCCCAUAUAACAGGGGCCCUGGCCGGUCCAGAGCAGUAUUAAAGGGCUGUGGCCCCUGAUUACCUCAGGUGCCGCAGGGGGCCCAUGGGGCAGAUGCCUUAGGGCCCCCAGGAGUAACUGGGCCCGGAGCAGCUGCCCCUUUUGCCCCUCCUUAAAGACAGCCCUGGGUUAAGAGGUAUAUUGCAUCACUCAGUGGCAUAUCUAAAUGAGGGAUUUGGCUUUUGAAUGUAGUUAUAAAACAUGUGCAAGGAAACAGGGGCAGAGAACCUGUUUCAAAAUAAUCUAUGUAAGAAAAGAGUAUCUCUUUGGGAAUAAGUAACUCGUAAACAAAAAUAAGGCUUAAAAAAUAGGAGGAACAGCUUAUUUUGGGUUACCCCCUAUUGGAGAGCACAGUGGAAGCGAUCAUGCCCAGGAAAGGCAUAGAGACCACAUUAUCAGUUGAAAGUGGUUUGCUAGACCACUUCAAUAUUGUUUUUUCUCUAUUUAGGAAUAUUUAACAGCAUUGUGGAAUCAUGUGACCAGGAAGUGCAGACAGACAUGACAGUUGGAGUCAUUUGAAAAUUGACAACUUUAUGUAAAAUGGAUAUAACACUCCUAUAAAUAAUACAACAGGUACUAACAAAUGCCAUUGUUCAUAACAUAACACCAUGCAUCCAUAAUAUAUCCAUAUUUGAAAAUUAUUUUAAUUUAAAGUUUGAGGAUUCUUGAUUUAACUCUGAAUUACACUGAGCUGACAACUGACUUGCUUAAAGCCCAAAAAGCUGAACUUAAAGAUUUUUUCUAAGUCCAUAACUUUCUCUGGUCCGCACAACUCACAGUUUAUAAAAUAAAUGUUUAUAAUUUUAGCAGCUGUGCUGGCUGGAAUCCUCAGAACUGGACUUAAAAUACAUACGGCACAAUGUAUUGUACAGGGGUAUACUACAAUUAUAUUGUUUUAACUAGAGAAAUAAUUUUAAUCUAAAUAAUUGUUGACAGUUACACAAACAGGAGUAGUCACUAAAGUAAGAAAAGCCUGAAAUGUCAAGUGAAUUCAAAAUGAAUUUCAAAAUUAAGGCUAAAUUAGUCAAACUGGAAAGAUUUUCCAGGUCAACUAUAAUUUCAGUUCGGCUACUUUGGCCUUAAAUUUGAAAUUCAGUUUGAAUUCUCAACAAUGUUCACUUUUGUGAAUAACUCCGAUACAUGUCUGUUAAGAAAACCUUUUAAAUACACAACUUUUAAAAAUGAUCUGUACAGUUGGGUUCCGUUUUAUUCUAAACAGGUUCUUGUGUUAUAUUAGGCUUUCACUAUUCAUUUCUGUCCAUAAGAAAAUUCUCAGUACAUGGCACCAUUUGGUGGAUAUUACAUACCUUGCCAAAGCUGCCCUGUCCAAGGGUUUUAUGGAUGGCAAAUCUCUCCAGAGAAAUGCUGGUCUCCAUUGGAGAAACCACAGGAUGGAUGGUGGCUCCUUCUGGGAGAGUAAAAAUAGUCCAUAUGUAACAUCAUAUGUAAAAAAAGAUUAACGUCUAAGUUCUUUUUAGUUAAAAAUGUGUUUUGUAUUAUGUAAACUUUUUUAUUGUUAUUUUGACACAGUACAUACUGAAAUGUUUACUUCGGGUCCUGAUUGACUAGGUUUUAACCAUAAGAUACAUAUAUUUUUAAUGUUCUUACCUCGUAUGAACAAAUGCUCAAAUCUUACUGAGAACGUCUCACUUCCAACAAUAAUCCUUAUAUUUUGAAAACCAAAAGGGGGAAGUAGAUUUUUGGAAUCUACUAAAGUUAGGCAUCAGUGUUAAGUUAGUUUAGGUAACUGUGAUUAAAGAACACAUAAGAGGAGUAUUACUGCGUUUUGAGACAUUAAAUAUACAGUAAACCGCUCUGAAUUUAAAUAUUCUCUAAUAGAAUGGAUCCCCCUUCUCAAUUUCCAGUGUACUGUUUCUUACCUUCGCAUUUCUUCUUUCUCUUCAAAUGCUCUUCUGUUUCACUCCCGUCUGGUCCUUUCUUCUCUUCGGUCUUCUCCCGUUGCCUCUUCUUGCCUGUCCUCUUCUUUCCACAUGAUGUUUCGGUGGUUGUUGGAUUUUCCAUAUUUGUUCGUUUACAAUUUUUGAAUAACAGCACGAAAACUCCUCUGAAUCGCUUGAAAGCUAGCUGAGGAGUGACAGUUGCACUGGUCAAGCUAUAGAAUCCUGUGAUGUCGCUGCUUCUAUACCAACUAAAUUCAAAAAAUGCCAACAACUACAUGUUUAUUUUCAAAUCUAAUUAAUAUUAUAAUGAUUUUUGGCAUACAUUUUUUUUUUUUUUUGGGUUACACAGUUAGCUUGGGUAGCUGUCACUAUGGAAUUUAUACAAUUGUAUAUAACCUUGAAAAUCACUUAUAAUUUAUCUAAACAUUUUUUUAUGUGAUGUUCCAUUUUUGUUUAAAAGUUUAUUAAAGUCUGGGCACUGCAAAAAAUCACAUUACAAAUAGGGUGGAGAAAUAUAAUUUUUUUUAUUUUCGCCUUUCGCAUAUGAAAUCUUAAAGGGGUUAUUCACUAAAGUAAGAAGUGUCAGGAAUUCAUAGUGAAUUUCAAAUUAAAAGACAAAAUAGCAGAAAUUGAAAUGUUGUCCAAGUCAGAUAUGCAUCAAGCUUGACUAUUUUAGCCUUCGAUUUUAAAUUCACUUUGAAUUCCUCAAAAUUCUCACUUUACUGAAUAACUCUGUGAGUAUCAUUUUUAUCUCAAGAUAUAAAAAUUUGUGUCUCUUAUAUUAAUGCUACUACUAUUAUUGAUACACAUACACUGAUAAUCCACAACAUUAAAACCACCUGCCUAAAACCCCCCUCGUGCUACCAAAACAGUUCUGAUGCAUCGAGGAAUGGACACCACAAGACCUCUGAACAUGGCCUGUGGUGUUUGACACCAAGACAUUAGCAACAGAUCCUUUAAGUUUUGCAAGUUGCGAGGUUGGACCACCAUGUAUUGGAUUUGUUGUUCCAGCACAUCCCACAGAUGCUCAAUCGCAUUGAGAUCUUGGGAAAUUGGAGAGCAAGGCAGCUUUGUCAUGUUCCUCAAACAUCUCAAUUUAUUAGAACUAACUGGGCAAACAUCCAGAGAUGUGCCACCGUUAAAGUCAACUUGGACUCAUCUCCUGGUGUUGGUUUAACGAAAAGUAGAAAUCCAUGAUAAAUGUACAUUUGCAUUCUGAAGACCAAAUAUAUAACAUUUGGCUAUUAAUGUUAUGUUGAGUAGUUGCACAAGUUAAUUUGUUGGAAGAAGGUAUAAUUAAAAUCUAAUCUAUGCAAUUUACUUACUGUUUAGCUGGUACACCAUAUACAUAGGAGUUUAGUCUCUGUAACAGUGGUUUUGGCAAGAAUUAAAAUAAUGUAUAUGACAUUAACCUGGCAACGCAUUUUACAGUUUUUUUACAUUUACAUUUCACAGUGUAUGGGAAGUCCAUAGCAUUUGGCAUUAUAGCAAAACUAAUUAUCGUGGAAGAGAAAGCCAAAGUGGUCGUAUUGACAGAUUUAUUUUAAUAUUUAUUAUAUAUAAAUCAAACUAUUUAACUUAACUAAUAAACAUAUUAAUGUGAUGAUUUAUUGAAAGAGUACGCAGUCUUCAUUUUUAUGUGGUAAUAGCGUGCUGAUUUUUAUGUGGAGAAUAGUAUAUAUCUAGAUAGUAACUUGAAAGUGCAAGAGUGUGCAUGUCAUUGCAGUGCUGCAGGUUGAUACGUUCACAGGUCCAUAGCAUGUGCAUGAAACAUAGUUCUUGGGUAUCAGCUUCUACAACUUGGUCAGGCAGAAGAUGUGAUUGUUCGUUUUCUAUACUGUCUGGGGGUCAUCACCAUCAGCUCUUGAAAGAGGCUACAGCUGCUCCUGAUCAUGUCCUGAAGGAGACUCAUAAUUAUCUCCAACAUGGACGUUAUAGGCUCAGAUACCUUCUAAACCAGUACUGGAAUAAACAGGGAGUCACAAUCAUGUUUUUUAGCCAAUCCUGAAAGAGACUGGAUGUCCUCUUCCAUAUGUCCACCACUCUGGUUCCUUACAUUCGGUUUCUCCUGCAUUUCUACGAGUUAGCAUUAAGUACCACAUCUCAAGUCAAUGGGGAUCAACAGCAAUCUCUGCCAGUCCUUAUAUUUCUUCUUAUCGUUUUCCUCUUUCACCUCCUAGAUUAUAGUUUCUUUCCAUAGAUCCUAAUGGGAAAAAAAAGAAAAAAGUAACUAAUAGGAAAUAGCAUUACAAUAUACAAAAUAUGAACGGACCGCUCACCGUGCCAGUACCACUUCAUGUCAAUUUUAUGGGGCCAUAAGAUCACCAUGGCAUUCUUACCUUUAAGCGUUAAACUGAUUUUGAACACUUACUGGCCACCCCUAGCCAGUAGUGCUUCUGAAUAAUAAAAACUAAGGGAUGUUUGGUGAAUUUACAAAAAGUUACCUUGAAAGAAAUUAAGACCUGAUUGGUGCAUGUAGUUUGCACCAAUAUGUUGAUUACCAAAGAAUCCUUACAGGAAUAAAGGAACACGCCAGUCAACAGGAAGCCCCUAGGCACUUUUCUUACCUUAACUUCAUUUAGAUUAAGUUGUUAUGGUGACCAGAGUGUUCCUUUACGCUUCUAUAAGUUACCCAGCUAUGCUUCUCAGAAUUAACUUUUGAUGCAAGUAUUGAAUGCACAUUUUACAGUGUGCUCAUGAAAUCGGAACAAAGUAUUAUUUCAACCAGGUCCUAACCAAAAGUUAGGCUAAAAGCUCUAACCACACAUAACAGGUCUAUUUCGAAGCUGAUGAGAAAUUUUAUCUUCUCAAGUGAUAUGGGAGCUUCCUCAUCACACCAACUCAUCAUAUGUACAAGAGAAUAGAGUGAUCUAUCCAGCAUAUUUUCUCAGAGAGACCAUCUGACUAGCCUAGCGCUGCAUUUUGCCGUGCAUGCGCACUAUACUCUCAAUACAUAUGUAUUCAUAAAGCUAUAGUGUUCGUUUAAGCAUAUUAGGGUAUAUAUAGCCUUUAAACAUGAAUUAAAAUAGGGAACGAGACUUAAUUUUUUCCACACAAGUAUUUUAUUAAUUUUAUCAUCUACCUAUAAGUGUCAUACAUCGAGCUGCCGCGCAGCACUUGCAGACUCAGGGGGAGCCGCAUGGCAGCCACAAUGUCUCCGGUCCUGCGCCACUCCGAUCAGCUGCUCCAUGUACAGAAGGUGUUCUGAACUAUGUCAAUCUUGCGAGUUGCAGAUCACCGUGGCAGCCUCAUACCGCCUACAGGAGUCCUCAAAGUUACAGGACCCGGUAGGUUUUGGUCAUAUUAUAAUACAAUUUGUAAGGGUCAUGUGACGAAAGCCCUGUUUGGACAGACUCAGGGAAACAGCAUUUCGUCUUAAUAUUCAUGUGUUUGGCUAUUUCGUUUAUUUGUAAAAGAGCCGAACAAACUCCUGAACCACCCGACCUCCCACCAGGGUCGUGUGCAGCUCAUUUACCACCCAGACCAAGGUUAUUGAUGAAAGGCUUGGUGGUCCAUGUUCGUUUGCCGAACAAGUGGCAGUCGCCAUUUUAAAAUCGUCGAACGUUCAGCGGUAGAUGGUCAUCGACCCUCUGGAACUGUUUUCGGACACUUAUUUAGCUAUACACCACUGAAGAGCACCAAGUUCCCGUCCAUUCGGUUAAUAACUCCCGAACACUUUACCGUCCGGGAUUUUCCUCUUAUACGAGCUAGACCGACCCCAGGUAGCUGCAGUUAUGGAACUCUUUUCGGAUUCAAUUUCCCGAACAACCGGUGAACUUAAAACUUUACUCGACGAUAUUGAGAACUGUGUUCGUGGGAUCUGAGCGCUAUUCGUCUAUAUUGUGCGCUCAGAUUCAAGCUAUCUGGGGGUAUGUGGAACAUGGAGACGCUCAGCCAAAUAUGAGUUAUGGAUUUUAAUACAGUUUUGUCAAAAUGUAAAAAGGACAUGUUUUCUCUACCUGGAGAUAAUUAGGUUCUAUCUAACCACUUAAGUUAAUUAUCUCCAGAAUAGAGGGGAGGGGUUGCACUGUUACUGUGGGUGUGUUUAAUAAUUGUACUGUAAACUGAUUGGUUCUGUAUAUUUUGUCACAGUUUUCCACAAGGUCCCCUGUGGGAGUUUCCUUGCUGGGAGACCAUCAUAAAAGGCUGAGUUUGGCCAUCAAUAAAUCAGAUCGUUUUACCCCUUCAUGAAGUCUCGACUCAUGUUUGGGGGAAUUGGGAGCUAUAAUCGCUACUUCGUUAUUAUUCUACUGGGAGUUCGGGAGAAGCUGCAAGGAUCGGUACUACAGAGAUAACAGGAUCCUUCACAGGUCAUAACUAUGGUGCACAUAAUCUACCCUUCACAAGUCAUACCCCUUUAUGUAAAUUGGUGCAGGUUGGUGAUGAUGUCCAAUAGUAUUUUGGUUGCCCCUAUAAAUACUUUCCUCCUUCCUAGGAUCAUUGGCCUGUUGUAUUAUUGUCUGCAAGUGCGUACUGUUAACUUGGUAUUUCUUGUUACUGACCCGGCUUCAUAUGGACUAUUCUCAUUUUCUGUAUCCUUAACCCUGGCUUGUUUAAUCGUCUUUUGAGUACCUCUCGAAUCCUUGACCAUGGCACACAUUAAGCCCGGCCACGCCAUGAGAUAUACAUAUCUCGCUCAUUCUAUCUCCUUCAUUCAAGUUGCUGUUUCCCUAUUCUCUGUGUGUAGGUGUUACCCAUCCAGACAAUAAGUGACUUUUUGAUAUUAUUGAUUUGCUAUUCAUGCAAUUUGCAGAGUUUUUUGUCCACAAGAUGGCGAGCUUGCCUAGCUUUUCACUACUUUAGUAUCACAGCAAAAGAUUCAUUAAAUUUGCAACAACCAGGAUAUAGUUUGAUUGGUGCCAUUUAAGUCUGAGUUGGAUCCUUUGCUAGAAGUGCUUUUUAGAAAGAAUGUGAAUGGCAUUUUUUAAUCGAUUUGGAUGUAAUAUUUCCUGUGUUAGAUAAAAGUUAUUAGUUUUAUUAAACUCCCUUAUUGAAAUCAAGAAUUGUUUAGACUUUGAGGUGUUUUAUUGCCUAAGCACCAUGAUCACUUAAAGGGACACUACAUUCGCCAAAACAAUUUUAUCUGAUAAUGAACAGUUUAUGUGUAUAAAUGAUGCCGUAUCCAAAAAAGCAGCCCUGAACCUCUUCUAAUGAGGCCCAGUUGCCGUUCGGGUGGUGAGGGAGACAGGGAGCCCAUUACUUACUGUGCUGUUUCUGCACAGCUCCCUCGCGCACCCUGAAAUAAGCCGGCUGCUGGGUUAUGACGUCACCCUGGCAUCGCAUCAUUACUGGGUGCACUAGGGACCUGUGCAGUAAGAGCACAGUGAUCCCAUCACAGCAGCAACCACUGGCCACCCGGGAGAGGAUCCACCCCAGCCCUCCCAGAGCAAGUUAGGGAGGCUGGGUGGACGUCUUAAUUACUAAAUUAAAUGUGCAUUAAUGUGAUUUUUGUGGGUGUAUGCCAGUAGUUAUAUGUGUAUGUGAGUGUAUAUGUACGUGUGUGGGUCUGUUUGUGUAUGUCUGUGAUUCUAUGUAUGUCUGUGAUUGUGUGUGUAGAUCUGUGAUCAUGUUUAUAUAUGUGAUUGGGUGUGUGCAUGUGAUUAUGAGUGUGUCUGUGAUUGUAUGUCUGCAUGUGUGGGUCUGUGGUUGUGUAUGUCUGUGAUUAUGUGUAAUGGGAUUUGGGGGCACACCCAGAACAUGCAUUUCCAAGCAGUGGUGCUGCUGUAAAGACCAAAACAUAUACAAAAUACAGUUAAAGGAAUAGUGCACACACACACAAAAAAAAAUACAGCUUUACAGUUAACAAGGCUACUUAAAAAAAUCUUAGCAAAUAUAUACAUAUCUAUGACAUUUAAAUAGAAUUUGCAGUAAUGGAAGGGUAAAAAUUAGAUGACUCUUUACAGGAUGUGUUUAGGUAGGCUGUAUAAGUCACAUGCAGGGAGGUGUGCCUAGGGCUGCAUAAACAAAGUGAUUUGAUUCCUAAAUGGCAAAGAAUUGAGCAAUGAGACUGCAGGGGCAUAAUCUCUACACCAAAACUACUUUGUUAAUCUAAAGUUGUUUUGGUGACAAUAGUGUCCCUUUAUGUAAUUUGAAGUGGUCAUGGUGCGUGGAAACUAAUUUGAAAUGCUGCUCAUAUGGCGUUUAACUCCUCUGGCGUCUGAGGUGUAAUCAGAGGUGUAACUCCACCUCCAGCAGCAUCAUUGGGACAUCAUUCACCAGCCCAAGAUAAGAGUUCUGUGCAGGCUGAUGACAGUUCUGUACAUAUUCAUAUGGUAGAAAUACAUUUAUUUGCUGAAAGCAGCCAGCAGUCGCUCUCAGCUAAUGAAUGGAGGAGGGAUCUGCUAAAAUUCAGAGUUUAAUGACAAACUUGUCUGACUACAAAAAAACAACAGGACUUGAAAUUAGACAUGAUUUCCAAGGCAAUGACAAAAUGUGCUUAUUACAGAAAAAAAGAUUGCUUAGAAUGUUUUGUAAAAAUUUGGAGUUAUCCCACUGUUUGUGUUCCUCAUACAGAAUCUCAAUCGAACCAUUCCAACCAGUCAGACAGCGGCCUUUCUGAUAGUCAAGCCUCAAGCCAUAUGCGUUCUCAAAGCAUUGUGAGUUCUAUCUUCUCUGAAGCCUGGAAGAGAGGAACGCAGCUGGAGGAAUCCAGCAAGGUAGAGUGAUCAUUCCCUCCACUCCCACUAAACCUAAAUAAGGCAUGAAUGGCUGAGCUGCAUGGGUAGAAGGCUGCUGGGUUUUUAUUCCUGUUUCCCGUUAUCCCGUAUCACAGCCAUGAUUUCCCAUCCCACAAUGUAGACCAGUGUUUAGUACCAUUCUCUCUACAUCAAGUCAUACCUAUUAUGUUGCCACAUUACCAUACACUUUGGCAAGUUUACAGACCAUUGCAGAAGCCUCUCUUCGUGAGGACAUCUAUAAAUUGUGAAAACAAUUUGAACCUUCACGCACCGUAGUGUAAUAAUCAUGCUUUUAAAUUUGGUCAGGCCAUGGGUAUGAAAUAAAUUGGCCAGCCUUCAUUGUAAGACGGGAUGAUUGGGAAUUCCGAUAGAACGGGGUUGAAAAAUACGCAUUGGCAUGAUGUUGCUAUUCUGUCGCCACGCAUUUUUCAUUUCACUGCUCGUGUUUCUCCUAUUGCCUCAUUGUCCCAGGUUCCAAAUGUGAAGCCCAACUCUUCUAAGGCCAUCAAGCCCACAGUGAUUUGUACGGGGCGGUAUUAAGGUCAGGGGUCAUCUAAAAACACACUUAACCUGUAUGUUGUUUAACUGGAAUCCUCCAGACUAACUUUCUAAAGAAUCCUUUAUCCUUUCCUGAAAAUAAAGCAAACGAAUCAUGAACAAACAUUAACACAAGACCCCUGGCUUAUGUUUGGUUAAUGGUUUUUCUCUGCCGAAAAGCAAACGUUUCCUUUUUAUUUUUCUUUGUUUUUUUAAAUUACUUUUUCAAUACAAAAGGGGAUCAGGUAAAGCUUUAGCCUAAUUAGAUCAUAGGGCAGGACAUUAUUGUAGCAGUAAUGUUUUUGGCUUGCAGUUUUGAGGCUUUGUUUUUUCAUUUUCUUGUGAAAUCCUUAUUAUAGGGGCUAAUGAAAGAACUUUCCACUGCAUAUCCCAACAAAAAUCUGGAAUUCUAGUAUGUCAGAUGUAAGUUAAGCAGAUUGCUGCCAAUUGCCAAGUUAUUGUGGUAAUGUUAGUACUACCCACAUUUUGUUUAGAAAAGCUGCAUUUAAUGCAGACUUCUACCCAUUUUUAUACUAAUUUAGUGUCCGCAAUUAUAUGCACCAAAUACUGUCAAUAGUGUUUUAAGAGACAGGUUAUAUCCCCUUAAGGGGAUCCAGUCCGCUGCCUUAAUUCCUAGAUGGCCAUCCUCUUUUAUAAUUAAGGCUUAGGUAUCAAAGAAUAUAAAUAUAAUAAAGUCUACAGAAAUAAACUUUUUCUAGUAGGACACAGAAGGCUUCCUUUCUUGCAACUGGCUGCACAGGAUUUUGAUUACUGAAUAGCAAGGCAUUCUUUUUUAGAGUAGGAAUUUAAAGCUAUGUCCUGCUUAACUUGCCUCUUCUCACCUCUGCAUUGUCUGUUGUCAUGCACCUUCUGCCCUCUCGUGUUGUCUGUUUCCAACCAAUGUCUUCUUGUAUGUCACCAAAUAUGGAAUUUUAACUUUUAUUUUUUAUUGCAAUGCACUUCCUCAGCGUUCAGGAUUCUGGUGUUGGUGAUGAGAUCUGCAUAUUACAUUUCCUUUCUAAAGCUGUGCAUUUUCUAACUUCUUUAUUGCUACUGCAACACUGGGAAGUUUAAUCCUUUCUUUACAAAGACGCAACUUACAUUCAGUUGUAAUAUCCAUUCAACUGUGCUACUGCAAAUAAUAUAUUAAGAAUUUUGUUAUUUCUGGAAAACCUCCUUUUGUGUUUACCCACUGUCUUUGUGAUGUCCACUGUUGAUUGUUUUGUACAAAGUGGCAUGUGUAUACAUUACAAGCUAUAUCUAAUGCUUUUUAUUUUAUAUAUUCUAGGCUUGAAUGGAAACCUUAAGUCGUCUUUUAGUUUCUCUGACUCCUCAGCCACACAUCCAGUUUAGGGCUGUAUCUCCUCAUGCGUCAUCUCAGCCAUCACCCCUUGCACCACCUCCUCCACCCCCACCGCCGCCACCUCCUCCUCCACCCCCUCCCCCACCUCCACUUCCCACCCAAUCUAAAAGUCCUUCUGUGUCCACACCAAUUUUGUUUGCUAAAUACAGUACCAUCACAAGAUUCCAAAAUGCUGCCCAAUAUCCAGGGCCUACCUUUAAAUCCCCCACAUAUAGCACAGUUCAACACAUUCCACCAAGUUCAAAGCCUCAGAUGAUUGUUACCCCAAAUGGGGCUAUCCCCGCCUCCACUGCCCCCGCCGCCACCACCACCACCUCCACCACCUCCACCACCAGGUUCAGCAAUGGCAAUGCUAAAACCAUUUCCAUGUACACCAUCUAUGCCUCAGUUUACACCACCACCUCCACUGAAAAUCAAUCAAGUCCAGCAAAACAACAUUGUCCAGGCUACCCAGCCCCCUCCACCACCUCCACUACCACCUCCACCACCACCUCCUCCCCCUCCACCUCCUCCCCCUCCAUUCCAAGCACCUAUUAA